AUGAUCUCAAAAGAUAUGCUUUGCAUUUUCGCUAUGGCUAAUUUUCAUAUCUUACUGUUCUGCAUCACAUCUAGCCUUGGCGGACAAUUUUUCUCUCAGCAGCAGUUUCAGCAGUAUCAUAACCUGUACCGGAGAAAUUUGGUUGAAGGCUCCGUCCCAAACCAGCCCAGAGCAAAAUAUUUACCCGAUUUGGUUUUUGACGAGCGGCUGGCCAGAGACGCUAGAAAUUGGGCGGAAAGAUGUGUGUUCAAACACGAUGACGACGCAGAGGAUGGCGAAAAUCUGGCAGCCUCAAGCCAUGUUUCUGUU